AUGGAUAACGUUCCAGCCUCACUGCGCGCAGGCUCUCCUGCGACCGAAGGUUACAGCCCAUUUUCGGACCGCAAUGCCAUUUAUGAAGAAGAGACACCACCACAUCAAGAGUCGCCGGCUAGCGAUUACCCUCAACGCCCUUCCUUGAUCUCAACCCGCCGUGAUUCCCGUCAGCGAUAUUCUUAUGCCUCAUCCAUAUCUUCUCCGGAGAAGACGUCGUUCGCCGUUUCGGAUGUCCCGUCGCCCCCAACAUUUUCCGCAUCCACCGCCUAUGAUUCUGCGCCAGCUUCUUUCAUCCAAUCCAGCCCUGCACCAGCGCGUCAGCCCAGCUUGUUCAGCAAGCUCGGUUCACUCAAAGCUUUACGAGGAUCGCGACGCUCAAGGUACGGCAGGUUGGAAGAUGAGGAUGGCAACGGAAGCGCGGACCUGGGAAGGGCCAGACUGACGGAUGUUGACGAAGGACGCGACGCUGAUAGUAUUGGUUUCGACAUAAGCGCGUUUGAAGGUCCGAUUCCACUUCGGAAAAUGUCUGAGGGUGAAGAGUUCGACAAGUCAGAACAGGAGACAAGAGGAGCUUAUACGAGCUUGGGUGCUGAAAGCCAGAAAUCGGAGAUUGGGCACAGGCUUGGUGCCAUGGGAAGCGGCAUGCACAGAGUCCGAGACGCUUCUGAGCCUGUCCGUCAGGCAACAAUCAAGAGAGGAAAGACGUCAGCCAGUGCUCAACGCAAAGAAGCUCAAAAGGCAGCAGACAAGUCUGGUGAAAUUUUGGCCGUUGAAACGCCAGCGGUUGACCUCAGCAAUCUCGAUGGAGCGGACUACGAACGUCGUAGCAUCAUCGACAGAGUUGCCACCGGGCCAAAGGACCAGUCGGAGACAAGCUAUUACUUCCCUCCAGAUCCUGACAUGCCUUCUUGGAGGCCGGUGUCAAUGCGAUGGUGGUGGAUCACAAUUCUCAUCAUCAUUGCAAUAGGUCUUGGAGCCCUUCAGGAAUUACUCUGCCAGAUAUCGAUAACGAAAGGCCAAGACGACGGACUUUUGAGAUUUAAAACCCCGCAGGAAAUCUCCCUGACAGACUACUUUACCUGGAAAUACGCACCAACAAUCAUCCUACUGUCCUACGGUAUCCUUUGGCAGAUAUCCGACUUUGAAGUCAAACGGCUUGAACCUUACUACCAACUCUCUCGUCCUAAAGGUGCCACUGCCGCAGCCAGCCUGAACAUCGAUUACUUGACUUUCUUGUCGUACCUCAUUCCCAUCAGGGCAGCACGCCAUCGACAAUGGGCAGUUUUGCUUUCCUCUUUGGCAACACUGACCUCCGGUAGUCUUAUCCCGGUCUUGCAGUCUGCGUCUGUGAAAAUGUAUCCAGACAAGGAUGAUAGAAAAGAAGAUGACUUCAAAUUCGUCCGCAUCGUGCCCAUCUGGUCAAGGCUCACGUCGGCGUCUUUAUUCGUUGUGGCUUUUUGUGGCAUGCUUCUCCUAUUCAAGCUUCGGAGAAAGAGUGGUUUACUUAGUGAUCCGAAGGGCAUCGCUGGUAUCGCGGCCAUGGCAACGCAAAGUCACAUUUUGCAAGACUUCCAAGGACUGGACAUAGCACCGACACCCGUCAUCCAUAAGCAACUCGCGCACCGCCGCUACAUUCUGCACAAGAGUUCCCUCUGGCAGGGAGAAUACAUUCGGAACACACGUACUGAAGAAGUAACCGAGAAGUUCGAGAACCCACAUCCGCUGAUGCUCACCCUCAAAGGUGGUAUUCCAUACAUCUGCGGCCUAAUCAUCGUCAUGGUCCUACUGCCACUUUUCCUGUUCCAACCGAAUGCAAACGUCGUCACCGAGAAGAUUCCUUUUCUCCUCACUGCCAUCGGCACCGUCAUCAAACUCCUUUGGGGCACUAUUGAUAUGGACGUUCGCAUCGUCGAGCCCUUCUACAUCCUUUCGCGCCGCAACGCGCCACCGCGCACCCUUACUCUCGACUAUACUGGCACCCCACCCGGCUACCUCCCUGUCAAAGCCUUCUUCAACCGUCACUACCUCGUCUCUGCCGUCGGUGUCGGCGCGGUCAUGACAGAGGUUUUGACUGUCUGCAUGUCCUCAUUCUCUGUCGACGGCAAGAAGUUCAUUUCCGGCGAUGGCCACGAUGAUGUGCUGUCCGAUGACGAUAACGACAGCCGCUACACCACGGAUGAAACCUUCAAAUCAUUCUGGGUAUCUUUCGCUCUGGCCCUCGGCAUUCUUGUCUACCUGUGCGUCAUUGCUGGCGUUGUGUACGCAAAGCGAAGGCACUACUUCUUGCCACGGCAGCCUGGUACCAUUGCAUCCGUGCUCGCGUACAUCCACCAAAGCAACAUGCUCGUGAACUUUGUGAACACGCAGAGGCUGGACAGCACCGCGAUGACCCGGUAUCUGGAGAAAAUGAAGGGGAAGACGUAUGGCCUUGGAUGGUUUAGAGGCAGAGAUGGUGAAGAUCAUUGCGGUAUCGACGAGGAACCGAUCGCCGCCGAGUACAAGCAUGGCGUGGAUUGGCGCAAAGGACGGGUGACGGGUGUAUCGACCUGGGACGUGUAUUGA